GAGAUGGACUUCAUGGCUGCUAAAUGACAGAGGACGCUGAACAAGUUGUUGAAUCCAUUCUACUCCAACCGUUUGCCACAACCUCAACCCCCACCUUGCCUUCUACCCCUGCAACUAGUUCCAUAACAACCUCAACCUCCUCACAACAUCCUCCUCACAUCCUACGCUGCAGCCACAGUAGUACAACAAAAAUUAUACUGGAGUUGUCCCCCAGGCCAAGGAUACAGAAGCCAAGGCCUAGGAAAAGAAAAGCUGAAUCAGCUACAGUCCUGACAGAAGAAGUCAGAUGUAGACAGACAUCACUAAAAUUAACCUGCACUAAGAAGUAAAACAGCUUAGAACGGUGGAGGAGGCUGAUCAGAUCUAUCUGCUGAUGAAGGAGGAGUAUCGGAUCUCUAGGAAUGUGCGUCUGGCCUGGUUCCUGGGGAAACUUAACCAAAUCAUCUGGCCAGCCUCAAAGCCUGAGCUGCAGAACUCAGAGAAUGAGUUACACUUGCUGAGCUGCUUACCUAAAGGAUGGCAACCAGAUUUCUCCCCCACCACAUACACUUGUAUGCUGAUGCCGUCCACUCGGGCCGCCUUCCUUGCCCGGAGGUACCGCUUCAUCAUUGAGCUGGACCUCAGCCCUUCCACAGGGAUUGUGGAUGACAGCACAGGAGAGAUGAUCUUCGACGAGGUCUUUCAUGCCUUGUCGAGGUGUCUGGCCGGUCUGGCUCAGCCAUUUAAAGUCCCUGGAACUGAUGACCUUUUCAAGCCUAAAGUCUUCAUCACCAUCUUGGCAUAUUCUUCAAUUAUUGGUCUCACUUCCCAUCAGGUUUUGGUACAGGGCUGUCAGCUUGAUAAAACAGACCUCAAUGAGUUCCUGCAUCACAUCUAUCAGCAGCUGAGAGCAGUGGAGAGCAACAUCGCACAAGUCCUCCAUCAGCAGCACGAACAGGCUGUGGAGCCAGUCCAAAAUUCAGGCCUCCUGGAUGACCAGCCUCACAGGAAGCAGGCUAUUUCCAUGGUGUCAGCUGAUAUGGGUCUGGUCAGCAUGGUACGCCAGGGCAUCCUGGCCCUUCAGCUGCUGCCCCCAAACUCCAGUGCAGGUAUCAUUAUAAUCACAGAUGGAGUGACUAGUGUUCCGGAUGUAGCUGUGUGUGAAACACUGCUGAACCAGCUCAGGAGUGGAACCAUUGCCUGCUCCUUUGUGCAGGUUGGUGGUGCGUACUCCUACGACUGCAGCUUUGGCUACAUCCCCAAUGUAGAGCUGAUGAAGUUCAUCUCAUUAGCUACAUUUGGUUCAUACCUGCCCAGCUGUCCUGAAGUGGACGUGAACAACCAGGAGAUGAAUGUGUACCACAAGGCCUUCUUAACCUACUCCUUUCUUAAGACCCCGGAGUCUAUGAACUCAGAGUACUUCUGUGUUUCCCAGCACAAACUGUUCAAUGAGCACCUGGUGUCAGCCAGCGGUAACCCCGCCCUGGUCAUGAGGAGGAAGAAGCACACAGAGAAGGAAGUCCAUGCCCAUUUAAUCAGCGUGGUGUCUGUGCGACUGAGAGAGGGCUACACAAUCAGAGAGAUCAGCCUCACUAAAGGUGGGACUCAGCUGGAGGUGAAGCUGGUGCUUUUAUGGAAACACAACAUGCAUAUCGAGUACCUGGCAGCCGCCUCCUGGCCUUUGGACCCCACCAAGAGAACCACCAGGGUGGAGGUGACCAUGGAAGGAAGCUAUGACAUCCUGCAUGACAUUAGCUGCACCCAGAGGAAACCCAUCACCAGUCCGUACCGUACCUCCGUCAUCCGACGCUUCUGGAACACACUACAGAGCAUCAACCAGACUGAUCAGAUGUUGGUGCACCUCCAGUCAUUUAAUUCCAUUCCUGAGAACUACAUGAUUCCUGAGAGCACCAAAAACGGAGUUCCUCUGUUCUACAUCCCUCCCGGCUCCACUACUCCGGUCCUGUCGUUGCAGCACAGUGGAUCCAAAGACUCUUCUCAGUCCCAGUUUGCCUCCUACUGGAAGCCCAUCCUCUCCAUGGACACCAACUUCUGGCAGAGAUGGCUGCACAUGCAUCGCAUUGCAAUCGUGCUUGAACAUGACAUGCCUGUCCCCAAACACCUGCACACAGCUGGGAACAACGGACGUUAUAGCACCAUUCAGUGUCGUAUCUCCCACUCUGCUCUCACAUCGCUGCUGAGGGACUGGAGCAGCUUCGUGCUGGUGGAGGGCUACUCGUAUGUUAAACUCAUAUACAGUUCGUCUGACCAGCCUCCUACCUCCUUCUACUUGGUCCGUCUCAUCUCCAAGACGCCCUGCAUGGUGCUGCGCUUGGGCUUCCCUAUUGGUACACCAGCCCAUGUCAGAAACAAGAUUGUGGAUGAGCUGCGAGAGCAGAUCCUCAAACUUCGCUUCCCUCACCGUGUUCAGAACAAAGAGGCCACCCCCAAGACCAAGAGGAAGAUUGUAGGCAAUCCAUCACCAUCCAAAUCUCCCUCCAUCCCUGCUCCCAAACCUUCACUGUCAGACAGACCCUGUGUGGUUGUGCUCAAUAAGCCUCUGGAGAAGCUGCUCAUAAGGUAUGAGAAGCUGCCGCUGGACUUCAGAACCCCCUUCAUUUUCAACAUGGAGAAUUUUCCUCAGCCCUCCAACAGUGCCAUCCCCCUCAACAUGGCAGCCAACCGCACAGCCUCCUCCACCCUGGCCUCCCUGUCCCGUUACUUCCUCCACCAGCGCUGGGUGUGGGCCGUGCAGAGCAGCCAAGGGCCGACUGUGGCCAUGCAGGCCGUCACUCACAUCCUGUCCAUGCUCUCUGAGAUCCGUAUAUCAGAAGGCUUUCACUUUGCUGCUAGUGGAGAGGGCAUCGUUAACAUGGUGAUUGAGCUGCCAAUGAAGGGCAUGUCAGGGGACACGGACACAGAGAGUCCCUCUUGUAUUGUUCAGUACAUCCUGUUUCCACCUCACUCUACGUCUACCAAGGAUAGUUUCUCCACUGAUGAUGACAACGACACCGAGGUGGAGGCUGUAGAUGUGGACACCGAGCUGAACCUUGUGACAGAGUGCUGGGUAGAACCCCAGAGUGGCACAGUGAUGAACUGCAUGGAUCAACAUCGCCACUUCCAGGGCCUCAAAUACCAGGAGAUCCCUCAUGCAAUCUUCCCAAGGGAUCUGGCCUGUAUGUCCACCAUGAUGACCUUUGAGUAUUUGAGCCAACUGUGUCAGAACAAAGAUCAGGUCUGCUCACUGCCAGCUGGACUCAAGGAUAUGAGAGGAGAAGCCCUUGUCUCUGAGGACAGCAUUCACACAGUUCCAUUCCAGUUUGACCUCAUUCAUCUGCUCCCAAAAUGCCAGCAGGUUGAGCUCUUCUUCCUCACAUUCAGUACAGCAGGGGAGUCUGAGGAGCAGGUCCACAGCUCCCCCUGUCUGUCCAACGAGUUGCUGCUCAGCCUCUUCCACGGCAGCCUGGAGCACGAUCUCAGUGACAGAGAGAUCCCGUUGGUUGACGCCGACCACGUUACCUUCAUGCACCACAUCUUGGAACGAGAGCGAGGCGGCCAUGUGGCUCCUUUCUCCUUACCUGUUAUUAAAGAGGAGUACAUAAAGCCUGCAGACAGACAGGACACUAUGACAUCUUUCCACACCACAGGCAGCAGCAAAGAGGUGAUGGGAUCCACCAGCACUUUACAGAGUUUCAGUAAUGCAGACCUUGUGGAUGAAGAGGCCUUGCUGGGGGAGAGCGGCUGCUCUACGCCACAGUGGAGGUGCUACGCCAAGUACAUCAGCUCGCAGCAGAUCCUCCUCACCUUCCUCCCUGCUUCCUUCACAGAUGUUCUGAAGUUGAUGGCGUCAGGGCUGGAGACAGAGCCUCAGAGUAACGUCAGCACGCAGGAGGACGACACGCUGACUCCCAGCAACAAAUCUCAGGCCGACUCCCUGUCUGGCUCCACCAGUGGGCCAGAGAGGUCUGAAUCCAGCCUCAGUCUGGCCAGUAAAUUGCGAAGGAGCUCCAGCAGUGGACACCUCAUCGCCAGGUCCCCUUUGCUCUCAACACAGUCCGAUGGCCAGAUUGGGCCUCCUGACUCCAUGAUCCUGGACCAGGAGAGCUGGGACAGCAGAGUGUUGGAGACAGAGUCCGGGACCCCAGGCUCAGAUCUGGGGGAGAAAGAGGGAGUUCAGUUCUCUGAACCACAGGAGUCCAAUGUCCACAUUAGCUUCAGCAGGCAGGUUUCUGACAGCAGCCAAUUAAAGGUUCCAGUCUACGUCUACAACUGCUCUCUGGAGCACCUGAAGGAGCAACUGGUACACCCAAACUCCAGCCGCCAACCCAGGGACAUCUUCUUCAGAGCUCAAGAUGCUGAAUCCUGGGAGAUGAAUCAGCAGAUGAAGUUCAGGUCACUGUCUCUGGACCGCAGCAGUCCAUCCCCUUGGACCGACCUCCUGGCUCAGCCUCACAAAAACAAGGAGCUGGCCAACUACUGCAGCCUGCUGCAAGAGCAUUACCACCAGAGCUACGUCAAAGGAGUGUACCGCAGCCUGCAGCAGUGCUACAGCAUCAGCUCGCAGGAUGUCCUCAUGGCCAUGGACUACUGUGAAGAAUCCCUGCAGGAGAUCGACGUCACCACCUUUCUGCAGACCCUUUGUGGACACAUCAGAGUGUUCAGGGAAGAUGGCGAAGCUCGCAGAUGGGAACGGAAACCAAAACCUUCAAGGAACCCUGCCACCUUUAUUAUAGGAGAGGUUGAGGAGGACCGAGCAGAUGACAGGGCUGCCAUGGCCUCCUCGUCCAGUAUUGAAAUGGACGAUGCCAGUGAAGCUGAAUCUAGAGGGAAGUCCUCUGCUCCUUCAUCUCCACUGAUCCUGGAUGAGGCCAAGACAGCCACGAUCCCAGAAUUCCCUCUGACAGUGCUGCAGACACAGCCCAAGUGUGAAGUGUAUCCAGAUCUGCACAAAAUAAUCCAGGAUAAAUUCAUGGAGAUCGUGUCUCAGUAUUUCAAAGCGGUGCCCUCCAAUCCACACUACUUCUUCUACUGCCCACCAUCAUCCAAGAAAGAUGAGGACUCAGAAGAUUGUGAGACAGGGAGGAGACCCAGUGAGGAGAUGCUGUCAGAGGCUGAGCCAGCUACUGAAGACGAAAACAUGUCGGGCUGCUGCAUCAUGACGGAGAGCGACACAGAUUUGGUGGUAGAGUACGAGGAGCAUCCGGGCACCAGCUCCCACAGAGAGGGCGAAGACCAGUCCCUGUCAGACUCCAACACUGUCAACCAGGACCAGGACUCCUUCAGCAUCCUGGAGGGAGACUCCCUGCUGGAGCCCGAGGGGCCACAGCUGGACAUGCCGCCGCUGUUCGUUCAUGUCACUUGUUCCGUCAAUAUGAAAAGCUGCCACGGCUCCAUGCCCAUACAAACACUGCCUACCUGCCUCGGUGAGAUUAUUUCCUGCCUGGAGAACGCUGAGGCCUUACAGUCUGUGGAUUUGGAUGAGCUCUCAGUCACAUUAGAUAUCUUUGUCCUGACACUACCUGUGGAGAUUGAAGUCAUGGCGGAUUUCCAUCACGACAGGUACACCUCAGAAAGCAGCGUGUCACUGAAUCGUUCGCCAGGACAGCCCUCCUCCUAUCGCUCUGAUGAGGAGCUGAUGGCAGUGUUGGACAGCCUGAGGGGAGCCGGUGCUGAUGGGGUCUCUGGUGAUCCCUUUUCCAAACUUCCAGUUCCUCACAAGUUAGCAAUUCUGGCCACAAUGGACGAGAUCCGCUGGCUGCUGGAGGAUGAGAUUGUUUCUGCUCUGCGUCACUCCCGGCGCAUCAGCUCAGCAAUGCUGCACAAAGUAGCAGAGCAUGUGGUGCGAUCGAGCGGGAGACCACACUGUCACUGUAAAGAUGUGCCACUGCAGUUUGUCUUUGGGCCUGAGCAGUCUCUGGAAAAAUUCAAAGAGGAGUUCCGCAGAAUGUCGUUCUCUGGCUACGUGUUGAACGGAGAACAGGACAGCUUCUACUACUUGUCCCUCAGCAGACUGCACCCUCAGAGGAUACAUGCUGCCAAGAGGCUGUCUGAGAGCACUGCUGACCCCCCACAACACAGCAACCCCUUCAGUGCUGGAGCACAGGUGAAGGCGAUGCUAGAGAGGGAAGCAGGGACUCAGGCAGCAGAGGCAGACAGUGAGAGUGAAGACAAGACGUCCAUCAGUGUUUCUGCUGACGCUUCCUGUGACACAACUGCAGAAGCCAGCGAGCCAAUCGGAGCCUUGAAGCCUGAGGCACAUGACGCUGCCUCUCAGUCCUCAAUUAGCAUGGUGGGGGACAGAGGUCAUCCCAGCACCUCCCAGCUACAGACUGAACGCUGCCCAGAGCCCACCUCACCCCCCAAGACACCAUCCAGUGUCAGCCUGGCUGAGUCCAUGCAGUCAGCGUCUCACAGCUGUGGCAAACUCAGGCCGAGUCGAGUCCAGAGUGUCGUCUCCAGCCAGGGCAGUCUGGACUCAGACAUGCAGGGUUAUGAUGGUGGCAGCAGUGACUCUGAGUGUGAGAGCCCCACCCUGGAUGAACAGGAGUGUCAGUCACCUCUGAUGCCUGACUUCUGGCUAAUUGUUAAGAUCCACCAGGACAGAGUAAAGGUCUACUCCCACUCCAGGUGCUUCACAGAAGAAAAAGAGGCCAGUGCUGAGGAGCUGGAGAAGAAGGAAGAUCAGGAGCUGCCUGAAUAUUUACAUCUGCAUCAAAUGGUGGUCAGGAAGAUAGGUGAAAUCUGCAGAAUAGUCAAUCAGCGUAUGCUGCUGCAAGACCUUCACGACAGCCAUGUGUGUAACUCUCUGCUGGUGGCCGAGAGUGAAGAAGACAUCUGGAAGAACGAGUCUCUCUACAGGCAGAGGCUCAACACCUCCGAUGAUUACAACACAGAGGAUAGCUACCAGGCCAGAGACUACCUGGCGGCCACCAUGCAGUUCAUCCCUGGACAUUUUGCCUGUGACGUGGUGUGGAGCACAAUCAUCCACAUUCACCCACGCCUUAAGAUGGGCCCCAACAUGGGGGUAUCCAGGGCGAUCCAGGCCCUGCGCUCUGUGCUGAACUCUUUCUGCGUGGUCAACCGGAAGAACAUGUUUGUCUACCAGGAGCGUACAACCAAAUCAGUCUUCUACCUCAGACUUUGUGAAACAUCACUAACAGGAAAAUACUCCGAUGUGGAUGGAAACGUCCACAUGACUCGCUCCAUUGGGCUCGCCAGGAGUCAAGAGCCCUUGUUUUCUGAGGAUGUUAUGGGCUCCAGGUCUUCACUGGACGGCGCACGGCCAGUUGGACAGGUAGACAAGCACAUCCUGCUGCUUGUGCAUGGAGUGGGAAGCGCAGGCCCAGAGAUCACAGACGAGCUGGUCAAGGUGCUGCGCAAGCGCCUGGAUGAGACCACGUUGGACAUCAUCACUGUCAUGCUUGUCAGGAACUGCAAGCUGACCCCAGCUGAUGUGGAAUUCAUCCAGCCAUCAGGAUCUCUAGCCACCGAGGUAAUGAACUUCAGACUCCCCCAGUACUGUCUUCCCUGGCUGCCCGCUGUGGCUCACUACCUCAGGCAGAACCUCCUCAUCUUCCUGCAUAUACCCAAGUACACCGACAGCAACACAGCACACCACUUCAAGCACUACUUCCAUAUGAGCAACGACUUGGCUGACGGUGAUCUCUACCUCUACAAUAAACCUGGAGGCCAGGGGACGGGAGGCAAAGGUAUUGCCUGCAUCGCCCUCUCAUUUGUGGAUGCCCAUGGUCGUCCCCUCCAGGUUCCAGCUCAGGACUGUGCUACACUGCAGAGAUCAGAGAACUGCACCAUCCCCUUUCAUCCGGACCAUUUCGAUGAGCUGACCACUGUGUGCAAAGUGUACUCCAUCGAUGUCAGCUCAGGCACAGAGCCACAGCUGUAUGUGCAGUUUGACAUCUGGGAACAAGGCAACGUCAGCCCCUUACAGUUAAGUGAUAAACUGCAGGGGGCACUUCGCCACGCACUCUGUGAUGUUGUCAUGGAGCUGAGAGUCUUGCCAAAUCCUCUUUGUCUAGGGGUGCUGUGCCCCACAUCCAAAUCUCAGAAAGAAGAGGCUACAGGAGUGUUGAUUCCUGAGGUGAAAGAAGUGAAGGACAGCCCCAGGCAGCGCAGUAGUACAAGAGUCUUUAAAACCAGCCCUUCUCCCAUCACCUUAACCCAAGCUCCAGGAAGCACCCCCAUGACAGGGACAAGCACACCCGAGUCCACCACACCCACUAGCAAGAGCAUUCGCCGGAGCUUCUGGGACAUACUGAGUAAGCCAGACUCAUCAGAGCUCGGGAGCCCAAAGACAACUGACGACAUAGUGCAAGAAAAAGGAGAGGAGGGUCGAGCAGCACGACGAAGACACAAGACGGAGAACGUAAAGCAGCAGUGGAGCCAGGAGAAAGCUAUGGCUGUGGAGCUGGAGCAGGCCCAGAGGAGGCAGGCGUCUCAUUUGGAAGAGGGCGAUGCGGGCACUUUACACCCCAUCUACCAAGUCACCUGCCAGCCAUGGAUCACCUUCAUGGCUAAACUUGGCUGCCACUCCAUACAACAGUGCACGGCUGAAAUUGCUUCACACUUCCUGCUACCUUCCAUCUUGGCAGAGAUUGUGAAUUUGGUCAGUUCUCUGGCCAGUGAUACAACAGUGAAGGCAUUUGAGAAGACAAGCUGUCCCCCAUCUGGAGACAUGUUUGUACCAUUCCCUCUGGUCCAGAACCUCAGACAGCCUCCAGGCACUACAAGGAGCUUCAUUCUCAUUGGUCGCAACUUCCAUCAGUGGCACUGUAGCACAGAGCAAGAAGACAGUUCAGAUGAAGAAAACAUCCCAGUGCUAAAUAGGUUCACACCUCAUAAAGGUUUCCAGCGCUUCGAGGCUCUGGAGCAGAGUGACUGGUUCAGUCCUAGCCAGGCCGGGGCAGGACUGGCUCCCCGCCAGAGGUUCCUCUUCAUCAGCAUCCUGGACAAAAAGGUGACUCUGUACAGCUAUAACUGGUCUGUGGACCUGGGCGCCUCUCUGAAUCGUGAGCUGAUCCGCCUCGUUAAGUGGCAGAACGCGAGGGCCCAUGUUGUCCACUGCCUGCUCAACCAGAAGAUGGGCCUCUUCCAUCACCACUGCUUCUCUGAUGCACCUAUCCAUGAAAUGGACUCCAAGCAGGAUCCCAACCCAUUCCUAAGCCCUUCCAUGGAGCCAGAUGCGUUGCUGCGUAGUGCAGUUCCUCCUUUGCCCAGUAAAGAGCAGGGCAGGCUGGGUAGCUCUGGUCGAAGUCUUGCUCCACUCCACUUCCCGUCUGAGCUGCUUCCCUUUGACGAGGCUCUGAGGGACGUCUGCACCAUCCGACCCUUGAUGGAGGGGGAUGCGGUGGCCCGACAUGGCGGCCAGCUCUUGGAGAUUAAAGCUGCUGAGCGGAGAGAACUGGAGAAACAGAUGAAAAUAGAGAACCUCUUUGUAACUUGGCAGCAGAGGUCAGCACAGUCCAACAUGCCCAUUUCAGGGUCAGAUCUGGAGACUUUGAAGCAGUCGUCCAGGCUGGUCCACUACUGUGCCACCCCUCUCCUCUUUGACCCCAUCUUCCGCAAGCAGAUCCAAGAGGAACAGAUCGUUCAGCCCCCAGUGAAGAAACGGCAUUGCUCCAGUGACUCCACGGCAUCAAGUCGGGACCGAAGCUACAGCACCGACUCAGCAGACAUGCUGCCCAGCCGACUGAAGGAAGAACCUUGGCUGCUUGAGAUUUCUAACACCUUCCUCCAGCAGUACGUCCAGUACCUGCAGAGCAUGGGCUUCAUUCUGGUCCAGGUCCGGCCUCAGUCUCCAGCUCGCAGCGUCGCCCGGGCUCGUGCUGCCCUGCUGAGCUCGAUGUCAUCAGAAGGGAGGAUGUCUUUUUCUUAUGUAAAGCAGAAGAGCGAGGACAGCCCUAAGACUACGGCAUCUGGCACUACGGCAUAUCACCUCCAGAGGGCGCUGCCAGGGGGGAUCGUGUUGAUGGAACUGGCUUUUCAGGGGUGUUACUUCUGUGUGAAGCAGUAUGCACUGGAGUGUUCCCGCAUUCCCAUGGGCCAGACAGUCAACUCUCAGGGCAGCCUCCUCACCAAACCUCGUUGCAAGCCGUUUCCAGAUGCCACCCCAGUAUCUGACAGUGCGCUUUCCAUGCUUUUCACUGAGGAGUGUGAUAAGGUGCGGGACCUGAUGCACGUGCACUCCUUCAGCUACGACUUCCACCUGCGAGUGGUUCACCAGUACUUGGUCGGCUGCCACAUGACGCUACGCCAGGGCUACCAGCUCACCGACUUCCUGGACGACUUCAUCUCCCAUCACCCAGACAUUCCCAAGUUUGGCCGCAACCAUGUCUUCCAAGGAAGCUUCUCCAUCUCCACGGGGAUGAUAACAGCUCACCAGCUGUACAACUACAUCACUGACCACGCCAGCACCUACAGCAUGAAGCCUCUUCGCAUGUCCAAGGCUGCAGUCACCACUGACAACAAGAAAGGAACACCUGACCUGCAUGAGUAUGCAUUAGUGGCUCUGUGGAACAGUUCGGGCUCCUACAAGGAUCUGGAGGGCCUGCACCACCACGAUGACUUUGACGUGUCCCUGGUGGUGUGCCAUAAUGCCGCUCCAUUUGAGGAGCAGUCAGACGGGGAGAGGCAUUUGCUGAGGUUGCGGUUCUAUGUGAUCAUGACCAGUCAGAGAGAGCUCUUCCCCCGCCUCACAGCUGACAUGCGCCGCUUCAAGAAGCUUCCUCAGAUCCACCGUGAUCCUGGCGAGCUGGGUGGCCGUCUCCCUCCAGAUAGAGCAGAAGCCUGUGGGUCACGUGGCACCGAGCAAGACCUCUGGGAGGAAACGUCAUCUGAAACUGCAACCGCUUUGGCCCCUAGCGAUGGCAAUGAGUUUUACCCCCUGGCGGGGGGUGGACCAGACGCUCAGGGGCUGCUCUACCCCUCUCCUCUGUUUCCUCUGCUCAAUAACGAGGUGGCGUCAGCCCGCAGACAGAUCCAGGCCAGUGUGGAGCAGGCCAUGGGGCAUUGUCGCAGGGAUAACCUGUGGAGGAGGCUCUUCCACGGAGAGCACCUAGCCCUGGACAAACUGAAGCUGACCAAGCUGUCGUUCAGUGAGCUGGAGGAGCUGCUGGAGGCUGUCCAGAGCCGCUCGGUGGGGGAGAUCGACCCACAACUGGACUGUUUCCUGACCAUGAGUCCAGCCUGGUACCAGAGUCUAAUCAAAGUCCUGCUGAACCGCUUCCCUCAGAGCUGCAGACACUUCGACGACAACGGCAUCCAGUAUCUGGCUGUUCUGAACCAGAAGUUCACUGACUGCUUUGUUUUGGUCUUUCUGGACACCCAAGCUGGAAAAACUAGUCUAAAAGUUGUGUUUCGGGAGCCGCUGCCAUCGCAGCCACAGGCCAGCAGCAGCCCUCCCCCUCAGCUGGUGUCUAUGUAUCAUCACCUGGAGUCUGUCAUCAACACUGCCUGCUAUAACCUCUGGACAGGACUGUUAUAGAGCUAAUCCGUGUUGGACUUAAACUUCAGCGCAUGUCUAUGUGACCACAAUCAACACGUGGAAACAGGAAGCAACAGCAGAGGAAAACAAGAAGCUAUUGAAGGAAUUGACAUCCGGAAAAAUGUGCUCUCCCAGCAGCUACACUGUGUGCUGUGAAGCUUCAAGUGAUGUUUUUGCAUUCAUGCAAUGCCCUGUUAGUCCACAGGAUGCAUAUAGCUGAUGGGUUUUUUUUACAGGUGAAGAAUUGAUACCUAACGCCUACAGAAACCCACACACACCCAAACCCAGGAAACUGGUUGUCUGUCACUAUUUGCUUGUGCGUUGCUCCCAAUCUUUUUCUUUUUUUUAAAUGGUGUAGCCUUCCUGCAUCAGUUGGCUUCACCCAGCCCCAAACCAGUGUUGGGGGGGAAAAAAUCUGAUUAAAAACAAAAUGGCUCCUAGCUUCUGUUGAGAAAACCUCCAUUAGCUGCUUCAGUAUCCAUAAUCCUCUGAUAUAACUUGCUUUUUACUAUGCAUUCAUGUGCACAUGAUAAACCCGCAUGUGUCCUGUACUCCUCAGUACAUGUCCACAAGAUGGAAUUAAAAGAUAAAUCGACAGUGUUAAAUUGGGGUAUGUGAAAAUAUUCCAGUGUUGGCCAGUGAUGAUCCCACUCUGAUCUGCCUCACAGUAGAUAAAUGUUUUUAUCCUCCAGGUAUACAGUAUGCAGCUGCAGCAUGAACAAUGCUACUCACACUGCAGCUGUGUGUCUGAUAUCAUAUAUAUAUAUAUAUAUAUAUAUAUAUAUAUAUAUAUAUAUAUAUAUAUAUAUAUAUAUAUAUCAUAAGUAUUAGGGCAAUUUCAUGUUUCUCUUGAGACGGUGCCAUUUUUCUCUGCACGUAUGAAGUGCAAAGUAUUUAUAAAACUAAUAUUUAGGCUGAUUUGGGGAAAAACUGACUAGGGUUUCCUACAGUGUGCUAUAGUGAGGAACAGCACCUCACCUAAAUGAAAAAACACCUUUGCUCACAUCAUAGGAAAUGGAAAGGAAUUCAGUUCUAGGAAAAUUGGCAGAACUGCUACAUAAAGCUGGGCAGACAGUGUGUUUGCUUGUUCUUGUAAUUGUGUUAACACUAGCUGCACGUAACAAACUUUGUGCACUUUGAGCGACCACAGUGUGGAGCUCACACUGAAUACAACAACAACAAGUAAAAUAAAUCUCCAGGAAAAUUGAAUCAGGUUUAUGUGGGGUCUUUUGACAGUAGUCAGGUAAAAUAUCAGAUCAUGGAGCAGCUCAAACAGCAGACAUCUGAUCGAAAUGUCUGAUCUGCCAGAAAUUCAACCGAUUAUUCAAUAGCCAGAUUGUUCAGGCAAUUAAUCAGACGUCCUGACCUCAAACUGAUGCAAAUGACAACCUAUUUGUCAGAUCAAUUUUCUCUGAUUCUGAAAGUAGUCUGGGGAGGACCAGUCAGGGUUAAGUUGGGCUUGAACCCCACAGUGUCUGUCCAGCUUGAGACAUCAAAGUCCAGAUAUAUAAUGAACUGUUUGGUGGGAUCUUUAGGAUUUUCAAGAAUCGGGUCAGUCUGAAGACCUCUAGCACAGAGCCUUUUACUGAUUAACCAGGUAGAGUAAAAGCGGAAACUAGAUUAAAUUUAUUAGUCUCGGAUGUCGCAUCAUGAGCAAAAUGCUUUGACGACCUGAAACUAGGUCCUGCAGUACUGUGCUCUACCACAUAUUCUGACAACCUGGUGUUAAGAAAACAUUUAGGUUUUUACCAGUCGAUAAGACACUGCUGCCCUUCUUUCUCCUCAUCUUUGACUGACCCUAAAAAUAGAGAGCGAGUGAGAGACAGACACACAUAAGCAACCAACAGUGAACACUUCUGGCAAUGUAACUGCUGUUUCAUACUCCACAACUUCAUUUAUCAGUUAUCUUUGAUCUUGUGCCUUCUGAUACAUUUUGCUAGCUCUUCAUACCACAUCUGUGUGUGUGUGUGUGUGUGUGUGGGUGAGGACGGACAGCUGAGAUGUCAGUAUGCAGAGUGGGAAGACUUUAAUGUUAGAUUUUCACAUGUCGAACUGGUUACUCACUUGAACCCCACUGCCGUAUCUGCUGAAGUGCCUUUCUCUUUAUUUUGUUUCCUCAAAUUCCCAAUUUUAUGAAGUAAUACGGUUGUCGUUCCAUCAGCUCUGCAUAGAUCUUUGGAAACACACGCUUCUGAAGUUAUGCAGUGAAACUGAGUCAGUCUGGAGAAUAUGACAGAAAUUGCCUUUCAUAAGAAAGACAAUGGGUCAUAUUACCUUUGAUGAUUUGCAUAAUAGGAUGCCACAUGUCAUCACGCAGUGUGUUUCCAAAGCAUGUUCAGGGUGAUGAGUGACUUGUGGUAUUUAUUCUGAAACAGUGUGGCUGGUAAUCAAAAACAAGAGGGCAUGAAGCCAGCAAGAUACAAGAGUGUGACAUCACAACAAACAUGAAGGCUUGAUAUUCAUUGCAGUACCUUCAUUAAUGACGACCUCAGCAGCCUUAGAUUCCUACACAUUUUUACUGUAAGGAUACCAAAUACGUGUUGGAGCUUCUUUGUGGAUGUGAAAUGAAGAAAUGUUAAGCAAAGCGUUCUCUUUGCUGUGGAGAAUUCAGUCUGUUACACACUGGAUAUUCAUCAUGCAAAAUGUGAACUGGAACAAGUUAGCCCUUAGCAUUUUGACUGUAAUAUAAACACUGCACUGUUUCUAACUGUAUGAUGUAUAUUAUGUAUAUACAGAACACUUUAUACAGUAUGUGAAAUGAUAAAUAAAGCAGUAGGAUGAA